AUGGGGAGGCCUCCUGCAAAGCUCACGAUGGAGGAUGUAGCCAUAUUGAAAGAAAAUCAUAUCAUGCCUUUAACUUCAUCCACAAAUCCUCUGCCCUCGAAGCUGUUAAACGGAUUUGUGAGGUCUUUGCAAAGUCUAAUAGAGCAUGGUAUUCUACCAAGUGAGCAAACGAAAGAAUGGUUCGACCCAAAGGCAUAUAGGCUGUUAGCCAAAGUACGCUACAAUUUCUCAAAACAAGAAGACUUAGGGAAGCUAAUUCCAGAAGCCACCGGAGAAAAGAUGCAUGGCCUUAGCAAAACACAAAGGAAAAUGCGGCUUGAAGGGCAUGAAAUUCCUAUCCCAAAGACCGGAUUAGGUUAUACUCCCGAACAACCAGCUCAGAUAUGGAUCAAGAAAAGAAGUGAUCCUUCGAGUUCCCAAUACAUAACAGUGGAGGUCGGCGAAAGUUCGAAUCAAAGAAAAGACCAUUCUUCACCCCGUGUCUCAAGGUUUGAUCGCAUCGAGGCCUCGUCAUCACGAAUCACAGUGUUCAACAGGUUAAAUACAACUUGUUUAACACCAAAUUGGGACACUCUUGCUUGUAAAUCAGUCUUUGAUCGACUGGGGGCAACAAAAAGGCCUAUUGAUAGUCAUUCUCAAAGUUCAAUAAACUUUGACGUUCAAGGGGAGAAGAAAGCUAAUGAUGAGAUCCGCAGUAGCAUUCCUUCACGCAUGAAAUGUAACUUUACCUUGGAGAUCAACACUGAAGGAUCGCUCAAAGUCAAAAGACGAAUGAUUGUACAUACAAGUCAACCACCCAUCCAUGAUGAGGAAAUUGAAGAGGUAUCAUCCUCGUUUCAUAUUACAAUAGAAGAGGGUACACUAUCAGAUGCUGAAGCAACCAAUGAAGAGGUCGAUGAAGCUCCUCCAGCCUUGGAAGAUGGAGGACAAGCUACAGUUGAUGAACUUAAAGAGAUCAAUUUAGGAGCUGCUGAAGAACCCCGACCAACUUUCAUCAGUGCACUUCUCACUCCUGAAGAAGAAGAAGGAUACCUCAAGCUCCUAGUAGAGUACAAAGAUGUGUUCGCUUGGACUUACAAGGAAAUGCCUGGGCUCAAUCCGAGUAUUACUCUACACCAUUUGGCAGUAAAGAGGGGUGUGCACCCAAUCAAACAAGCUCAAAGACGCUUUCGGCCAGAGCUUAUCCCUCAAAUAGAAACUGAGGUCAAUAAGCUCAUUGAAGUGGGCUUCAUUCGUGAAGUACAGUACCCAGAAUGGAUCGCUAACAUCGUCCCUGUCAAAAAGAAGAAUGGACAAAUCCGAGUGUGCGUUGACUUUCGUGAUUUGAACAAUGCAUGUCCCAAGGAUGAUUUUCCAUUACCCAUCACUAAGGUCAUGGUUGAUGUCACUACUGGUCAUGAAGUUUUAUCUUUUAUGGAUGGAUCUUUGGGUUACAACCAAAUUCGAAUGAAUCCUAAGGAUGAGCAGCUUACAACUUUCCGUACUCCUAAGGGAAUUUACUGUUACAAAGUAAUGCCUUUUGGACUAAAGAGUGCUGGUGCUACUUAUCAGCGGGCCAUGCAGAAGAUCUUUGAUAAUGUACUUCAUAAAUACGUGGAGUGUUAUGUCGAUGAUCUGGUGGUUAAAACAAAAAGGAGGGAUGACCAUCUGGCAGAUCUACGAUCUGUGUUCAGCCGCCUGAGAAAGUAUCAGCUUAAAAUGAACCCCCGCAAAUGUGCUUUUGGCGUAACAUUUGGAAAAUUUCUUGGUUUCAUUGUGAGGCACCGCGGUAUUGAAAUUGACCAGUCCAAAAUUGAAGCUAUCCAGAAAAUGCCAGAGCCCAAGAAUCUACGAGAACUUAGAGGCUUGCAGGGAAAACUGGCCUACAUACGACGAUUUAUCUCAAACUUGGCUGGUCGAUGUCAACCUUUCAAUAGAUUGAUGAAAAAGGAUGUGCACUUUGAAUGGGAUGAGGCUUGUAGCAAUGCUUUUGCGCUCAUCAAAAGGUACUUGCUUAAUCCUCUAGUUUUAGGUGCUCCUAUCCCAAGAAAGCCUUUGGUGCUGUAUAUUGCGGCCCAAGAAAAGUCUCUAGGUGCUCUUAUGGCACAGGAAAAUAAAGAGGGGAAAGAAAGAGCCCUUUAUUAUCUAAGUCGAACUCUCAAUGGGGCUGAAUUAAAUUAUUCUCCUAUCGAAAAGAUGUGCCUCGCUCUUUUCUUUGCCAUAGACAAACUGAAGCACUACAUGCAAGCAUAUACGGUCCGUUUGAUAGCAAAGGUGGACCCGAUCAAAUGUCCUCUCCAGGCCAGUGCUGUCAAAGGACAAGUAUUGGCAGAUUUCUUAGCUGAUCACCCAAUUCCGUCUGAUUGGGAGUUCUCUGAUGAUUUCCCGGAUGAAGAUGUGUUUUACAUUGAAGUAAUACCACCAUGGGUGAUGUUUUUCGAUGGGGCUGCACGUCAAGAAGGAGCGGGGGCAGGUGUAGUGUUUGUUUCUCCACAACGGCAAAUACUUCUUUACUCGUUCUCAUUAAGCGAACUUUGCUCUAACAACGUAGCCGAAUAUCAAGCAUUGCUCAUUGGCCUACAGAUGGCUAUUGAGAUGGGCAUAGCGCAGCUUGAGAUCUUUGGGGAUUCCAAAUUAAUUAUUAACCAAAUCUUGGAGCAAUAUGACGUCAAGAAAGAAGGCCUCAUUCCCUAUUGCAAAUAUGCGAAGAAGUUGCUAGCAAAUUUUGAGGCUACCACAUUGGAGUGGGUGGUACCUCUCGUGGUUGAAGAAGAAGAAGAAGAGCAAGCUAACAUCAUUUCUGUAUGCCUUGUCGAAAAAGAAGAUUGGCGACAAGUGAUCAUUGAAUACCUUCAACAUGGAAGACUCCCAGAUGAUAAACGCCACAAGACCGAAAUUCGACAGAGGGCUGCUCGAUUCGUUUACUAUAAAGACACUCUCUUCCGCCGUUCAUUUGAUGGAUUGUUUCUCCGUUGCUUAGGAGAGGAGGAGGUUAAACAAGCCUUAGAGGAGGCUCAUUCUGGAAUAUGCGGCGCACAUCAGUCAGAUCCUAAGUUACAUUAUAGGAUCAAACGAAUGGGUUACUAUUGGCCCAAAAUGGUGCAAGAUUCUAUGGAAUGCGCUAAGAAGUGCGAAGCUUGUCAGUAUCACGCAAACUUCAUCCAUCAACCGCCAGAACCUCUACAUCCAACUGUAGCUUCUUGGCCUUUUGAUGCAUGGGGGCUUGAUGCAAUAGGGCCAUUACCAAAGUCAUCUGGUGGCCACUUGUACAUCUUGGCCGCAACUGACUACUUCUGGAAAUGGGCAGAAGCUGUACCCCUUAAGGAAGUGAAGAAAGAAACGAUGGUCAAUUUCAUUCGAACUCACUUGAUUUAUUGGUAUGGUGUCCCUCGGUAUAUCGUAACUGAUAAUGGCAAACCAUUCUACAAUAGGCUGAUGACAGAGCUAUGUGAGAAGUUUGAAUUUAAGUAA